AUGGACAUUUACGAGCCGGAGGACGAGGACGUGAUCAACGAGGAGAUACUCCGCGACCUCAACCCGAUAACGUGGGAUCAGAAUUCCGACGUCUACGACUUCGACAUCAAUACCUUCUUCCACCGAGUCGAUUCGGACCAGAUCAUCUACGAAGAGAAGAAAAAGUGCAAGUACAUUGGCAAGUACGUCAUGGGAGAUCUGCUGGGGGAAGGCAGUUACGGCAAGGUCAAGGAGAUGUUGGAUUCGGAAACGCUCUGUCGUAGGGCUGUCAAAAUUUUGAAGAAAAGAAAACUCAGGAGGAUACCUAAUGGCGAAAUUAAUGUACAAAGAGAAAUUCAGCUUUUAAAAGUGUUGAAGCAUAAAAAUGUUAUUGGACUCGUGGAUGUGCUUUACAAUGAUGAAAAAGAGAAAAUGUACAUAAUUAUGGAGUUUUGUGUUGGUGGCCUUCAGGACAUGUUAGAAAGUACUCCACAUAAAAAGUUUCCUAUUUGGCAAGCGCAUAACUACUUCUGUCAACUAUUAGAUGGUCUAGAAUAUCUUCAUGGAAAAAGUAUUGUUCAUAAAGAUAUUAAGCCUGGAAAUUUACUGUUGACAUUGGAUGGUACCUUAAAAAUUAGUGACUUUGGUGUUGCAGAGGCAUUAGACUUGUUUGCUGAAGAUGAUACAUGCACAACAGGUCAAGGCUCACCUGCUUUUCAACCUCCUGAAAUAGCUAACGGCUGUGAAUCUUUUUCUGGCUUUAAAGUAGAUAUAUGGAGUAGUGGUGUUACAUUAUACAAUAUAACUACUGGGGCUUAUCCAUUCGAAGGUGAUAAUAUAUAUAAAUUGUACGAAAAUAUUGGCAGUGGUGAAUAUACUAUUCCAUCUGAAGUAGAUGAUGUAUUAAAAUCACUUUUGGAAGGUAUGCUACAGAAGGAUAUAUCUGCAAGGUUUACACUGCAACAGAUUAGGCAUCAUCCUUGGACACUGUGCGUACCUUCAAAGACCCUUGAAUCAGUACCAAUUCCACCUCUAAGAGGUGAUGAGUUGCACACUAUGACAGUCCUACCGUACCUUAUGGAACAUCAUUAUGGGGCAGAAAAUAAUCCGACGUAUUAUACAGAACGAGAACUCAAUGAAGAACGAAAGCUGCGUGAGAUGGUAGAGGCACAAAACGAGGAGACAAAUAUAAUUGAGCCUAGUCAUCAACAGAAUAAACCAAACGGUCGACAAAGUGGCAGUAGCAAAUCGAGGUGGCGUAAGCAAAUAUCUUGCAUGAGCGUGAGAAAAUUUUCGUCCUGCAGGCCAUCGUGAUUAUUUAUCAUACUUGUUAGUUUCUAAGAGACUUUAUGCUAAAAUUUCGCUGCCGCUGUCAGCUGUGAAUAAUUUCUCUGCAUCGGAGAUAAUUUAUAUAUGAAAGGCAAGAUAAAGAUGAAAUUUUAGAGAGUGCUGAGUACUAUCUAAUAUCUUUAUGACUCGUUAUUUUUUUGCAAAUUUUAAAAUCUUUGUAUCAUGCAUAGAUCAUCAUUUUAGAUUUAAUUCAAAUGUUAUCAUAUUAUUAUUAUUUUUUUUUUUGACACUUGACUAGUAUGUAGUUAUGGUUGCUGAAAUUAAAAACUUUAAUUAUAUAAUAGGUAUUCAGCGCUCUUAAAUGAUUUCGUUGUAUCUUAAUUUUGCGGGAAAAACUUGGUAAGUUUUUGCGCAAAGCACAAGUGUUAUUAUUCUUAUUAAAUAAAAGUUUUUUGUUAAAUCUCAGUAUUAUUAGAAGUUACAAAAAACAAAAGUGCUAAAAAAACGAAAUUCGUGGAAUGCGGUUACGAACCAAAAAAUACGAAGAAUGAAUGAACCGCAAAAAGUUAUAUCACUUAAUCCGAUCUGAAUACUAUGUAAAUUUACUGUCAUUCAUUUCAUCCAAAUUAAUUGAAAUAUAAAUAAAUGCUAUGUGAUAUCGAUAUUCUUAGUUUAUGGUGAGGGAGCUUUGAACUUAAGUUAAAUAAUUUGUUGAUUGAGAAUGUUCUACGAUGUGAAUGAAAUUGUAGAUCAAAGUGUACAUAUGUUGUUAAUCUACUGUACAAAAAAAAAGAGAUAAAAUUAUUUGAGUUGGUUAUGGUUUUUUGGUGUGCCAUAUUAAUUAACGUUAUUAGACUCAAUAAAUUCUUAUCCCAUUUUGAACUGCUUAAUUUGCUAUGACAUUUAUUCUGUAAAAGUUAUGGUUUUUAUAAUUUUACUAAUGAAAACUCUCCCAUUUCUUCGGUAAGUGUCAUAAAGUUUAAUU